CAGCACGUAAAAAAACAAGCUCGCGACAACGUUCCCAAUGUGAAAUUGAAGUAAAUAAGCACCUGCAGCCCUCGCGUGCUUUGCGCUCGCGCCGUGUACGCUUAUAUACCGACUCGGUACACUGUAGGGUAUGAGGGUGACGGAGGCGGACUUCUCCUCCAGCCCGCUCGAGCUGUCAAUCAGGAUUAACGGUCACUUUAAAAAGUCCCUCGUGGCGGCGGCGGCGCGAGCUGAGAGUCUCGCUCACCCCAGCGCGAGGCGACGCCGUCACUACGGGUGAUCAGUCCGCGCGCGCGCACGCAGAAGAAAGUCUCCGCUUAUAUAGGCUGUGGAAGUUUGUUAAUGUGCGUGACAUAAAGGAGAACGCGCGAGCACAGCCACACGAGGUCAGGCUGCAUUAAAAGAAAGAACAAUAUUUGUGUCUAAAGAGAACCGACAAACUCUUUAGUGUGUGUAAGCUUGCACACAUUUGCGCGCCGCAUAGCACCGCACGCUGAAGCACCGACAUGGCUCUGAGGACGCUGUGCUCCGCGCUGCUGCUUCUGCCCCUGCAGAUCUUCUGCUGCGCCGUCAAAGCACUCGCGCGCGUCUUCAUCCCUGGCAAACGCAGAGAUCUGUCCGGGGAUGUGGUGCUCAUUACCGGGGGAGGACGCGGCAUCGGUCGGCACCUGGCCCGAGAGUUCGCCAAGUGCGGGACAAAGAAGGUGAUUCUGUGGGGCCGCACAGAGAAGUGCCUGAAGGACACGUGUGAGGAGAUAACGCUCAUGGGGACGGAGUGCCAUUACUUUAUAUGCGAUGUGGCCAACAGGGAGGAAGUGUAUAAGCAAGCCAAAGUGGUACGAGAAAAGGUGGGAGACGUCACCAUCCUGGUGAACAAUGCCGCAGUGGUGCAUGGAAAGAGCCUGAUGGACAGUGACGAUGACGCCCUGUUAAAGUCGCAGCAUAUCAACACCAUGGGGCAGUUCUGGACUACAAAAGCGUUCCUGCCUCGUAUGCUAGAGCUACAGACGGGCCACGUCGUCUGCAUCAACUCCAUCCUCUCCCUCUCACCCAUACCUGGCACCAUAGACUACUGCACAUCCAAGGCCUCAUCUUUGGCCUUCAUGGAGAGCCUAACCCUCGGCCUUGUGGACUGCCCUGGGGUGGGAUGUACCACCGUGCUACCCUUCCACACCAACACUGAGAUGUUUCAGGGCAUGAGAGUGAGGUUCCCUAAGCUUUUCCCCCCGUUAAAACCAGAGGUAGUUGCACAGAGAACAGUGGACGCAGUCAGAACGAAUACAGCCUUCGUAUAUCUUCCAUGGACCAUGAAUGCACUGGUCAUCCUCAAAAGCGUCUUACCCCAAAGCGCUCUGGAGGAAAUCCACAGGUUUUCAGGAACCUACACCUGCAUGAACACUUUCAAAGGACGGACGUAAGAACGUCUAUGGAAAGUUUGCCUGUGACCUUAAUCAAAGCUGGACCGUGUUACACUUCUGUGCGCCGGACGCAGCUGAUCGAAAACGUUGAAAAAGACUCAUGAAUCAUUCAGAAGUCAGCUUUUCUUCUGUUCUUGAGUUUUCUGCGGAUUUUUAAUGGAGAAUAAUUAAAGAGACAAAAUGGCACACUGCAGACAGUGUUGUUCAGACUGCACGACCGGCCUCUGGUCCAAUUUCG